GGGGUCAAGGGUGACGCAAGAUGGCGGCGCCCAUCGCGGCCAAAGCCUGAAGCGGACGAUGCUGGCGGCGGCGACCCGGACGCUGCUGGGGUGGCGGCUGAGGUGGCCCGCACCGGUCCGCGAGCAUUGGAGACCGGCCGGGCGCUCGCGGAGCCGGCGAGAGGCGGCCGAGGCCGAGGCGGACGCUCCCGUGUUCCAGUACGUGGGCGAGCGCGGGGCCCGCGCCGAUCGCGUCUUCGUAUGGGGCUUCAGCUUCUCGGGGGCCCUCGGAGUGCCCAGCUUCGUGGUGCCGGCCUCGGGGCCCGAACCCCGCGCUGGCCUGCGGCCCCGACGCAGAAUCCAGCCGGUACCCUACCGCCUGGAGCUGGACCAUAAGAUUUCCUCUGCUGCCUGUGGCUAUGGAUUCACACUGCUGUCCUCGAAAACCAAGGAUGUUACGAAAGUCUGGGGUAUGGGACUCAACAAAGAUUCUCAGCUUGGAUUCCACAGGAGCCGGAAGGAUAAAACCAGGGGCUACGAGUACGUUUUGGAGCCCUCACCCGUCGCGCUGCCCCUCGACAGACCUCAGGAGACGAAGGUGUUGCAGGUGUCCUGCGGUCGAGCACACUCCCUUAUCCUGACAGACAGAGAAGGUGUCUUCAGCAUGGGCAACAAUUCCCACGGGCAGUGCGGACGGAAGGUGGUGGAGGACGAGGUGUACAGUGAGAGUCACACAGUGCACAGGAUGCAGGACUUUGAUGGACAGGUGGUCCAGGUUGUCUGUGGUCAGGACCACAGCCUGUUCCUCACAAACAAAGGGGAAGUCUAUUCCUGUGGAUGGGGUGCCGAUGGACAGACAGGCCUGGGUCACUACAACAUCACCAGCACACCCACCAAACUGGGCGGAGACCUUGCUGGGGUGGCAGUUGUCCAGGUUGCCACCUACGGUGACUGCUGCUUGGCUGUGUCCUCCGAUGGAGGGGUCUUUGGCUGGGGAAAUUCUGAGUACCUGCAGCUGGCCUCCGUCACAGACUCCACUCAGGUUAAUGUCCCUCGGUGCCUGCCUUUCUCCGAAGUAGGCAAGGUGAAGCAGGUGGCUUGUGGUGGCACGGGCUGUGCUGUAUUGAAUGAAGAAGGACAUAUCUUUGUCUGGGGCUAUGGAAUUCUUGGGAAAGGACCAAACCUCUUGGAAACGGCUCUUCCAGAAAUGAUUCCACCUACGCUCUUUGGCUUGACGGAGUUCAACCCCCACGUCCAGGUUUCCCAGAUCCGAUGCGGGCUUAGCCAUUUUGCUGCACUCACCAACAAAGGCGAACUAUUCGUGUGGGGCAAGAACAUCCGAGGGUGCUUGGGGAUUGGACGCCUCGAAGAUCAGUACUUCCCGUGGAGGAGAACUUCCGGCGUCCUGUCUUCCCAACAGCUACAUGGUGUCUCCUUGGGCUUCUCUCUGUCUCCUCUCCCCAGAAUUCUCCUCAUCUGGUAGCCCCGCCUAUAUUUCCUCCUUGGCUCCUGGCCACUCGGUGUUUUAUUCAUCAACCAAUAAAGGAAACAUCGAUACACAAGGACAUCCCCAUCACCUCAUCAAAGGAAGUCAGGGCAGGAACCUGAGGCAGGAGCUGGUGCAGAGGCCAUGGAGGGGGCUGCUUACUGGCUUGCUGUCAUGGCUUGCUCAGCCUGCUUUCUUUGUGUGCACAUGUCUGUGUCUGUGUCUGUCUGUCUGUCUAUCUGGAGAUCUCAGCUCAGGGAUGUCACCACCCCCAUCAGUCACUAAUUUAGAAAAUGCCCUGCAGGCUUGCCUACAGCCUGAUCCUGGAGGCCUUUCCUCAGUUGAGGCUCCCUCGUCUCUGAUGACUCGAGCUUGUGUCAGGUAGACAUAAACCAGCCAAUAUAUACACUAUAUAUACUACAUUCCAUACACAUCACACACUCCAUUCCAUAUACCAUAAACACACUUCACACACACACACCAUACAGAGUUCACUUACACAUGUACACCACAAACAACAAAAAACCAGAAGAAAAUAAAAACCAGAUAAAUUUAGAGCCUGUGAGGGUUCACUGGGUAGAGGCACUUGACACCAAGCUUGGCUACCUGAGUUUAACAUUCAGUAUCCACAAGGUGGAAGGGGGAGGGGACCAGUUCCUGAAAGUUGUCCUCUGACUGAAAGUGGCAUGUGCGCUUGUGAGAGAGAGCGCGCGCGCACACACACACACACACACACACACACACACACACACACACACACACACACACACACACACACGUCUAAUAAAGAACAAAAUAACAAGGAUUGAAGGGAGCAGCCCCCUGGGAGGCCCAGUGUAGCUCUGAGGCUUGCUUGUACGUGGGACGGUCUAGGGUGUCCCUGGUAGGGAAGGCUCUAAAACAGUGAGUGUCCUCUGGAGGCGCGAGGACUCCAGUGCUGAGAUGGCGAAGGAGGCCAGCCUCCUGCUGCACUGAGGCCUGGGUCUUCCUGGGAGAAACACUGGCCGACACAGGCAGCUUGGCUGGGUCUGUGGUGAGGCCCUAAUGCCUUUGGAGAUGCAGUGGAACCUGCCUCAGGUGGCCAUGCUGGGGACACAUGGGAUCCAGCCUGUGGCUGCGAGUGGGGUCAACAGGUAAAGUGACGGAAGUCACUGGGUCAGUGUGGCCCUGUUCCCACAUGAGACCCGCCAGGCAGAAGCCUUUUCCCACUCUUGGCAAGUACUUAGUGACCCUCCCAAGGUCACUGAACACUCAGCCUUUAGGCAGGGAAUCUGGAAGCCAUUGCCACAGACAAUGGCCCCAGGAGCAUCUGUGUCCUUCCUGGCCACCUCUCUAGGGUGGCCACUAGAGGUGACGCCAUUGAUGGGCAGAGAGGUAGGGGGGCCUUUUUCUGAUAAUCCUCUGGCUGUGGAUUAGUGUGGGCACCCUGUUUGCAGGGGACAGAGCCACACUCACAGAGGUAAAGAACCUACCAGGCUGAGGGUGCCGCUCAGUGGGUAGAGUGCUUGCUCCGGGUCUGUCCCCUGUACCGCAUAAAUUAAGCAGGUGUGGUGCUACAUGUGUGUAAACUCAGCACCAGGGAGGUGGAGGCAGGGGGAUCAGAAAACCAUGGUCAGCCUCAGCUACACAGAGAAUUGGAGCUACACGAGUCCCUGUGUCCCCCAGAAGGGCUCCAGAACCUGCCUACCCUUCCUCUCACUGUGUCCUGGGGCUUGUU